UGUCGAUUUCGCUAUGCUCGAGUAAGUUCAAGCGAGAAUCACCCAAACAAAGAUCAAUUCAAACCAGAGGAGAGAUUCAAGCGAAUGCUUUCGAGUUAGAGACGAAGAAAAUCAUAUAAGCAUCAUGAUCCUUGCCGUGUUGUUCGCAAAUUCCGUUGGGAAUGUUUUGAUCGAAAGGUUCAAUGGAGUGCCAGCUGAGGAAAGACUCACCUGGCGAUCUUUCUUGGUUAAGUUGGGAGCUGAGAAUCUCAAAGGUGUUAAGAACGAGGAGCUUCUCGUCGCUUGCCACAAGUCGGUUUAUAUUGUGUAUACAAUGCUAGGGGAUGUUAGCAUCUUCCUUGUUGGCAAAGACGAGUACGAUGAACUUGCUUUGGCAGAAGCCAUCUUUAUCAUAACAGGUGCUGUGAAAGACAUAUGCGGGAAACCUCCAACAGAGCGAGUGUUUUUGGAUAAAUAUGGAAGGAUUUGUUUGUGUCUUGAUGAAAUUGUUUGGAACGGACUUCUGGAGAACACUGACAAAGACAGGAUCAAACGACUCAUUAGAUUGAAACCUCCUUCUGAGUUUUGAUUUCCCUCCAAACCAACCACACCUUUACAAUGUCCUUUUUUUUUCCAACACUAUCAACAUAUAAUGUCAUUUGUUGAGAUGCUUCUCUCUAUCAAGUAUUGUACUGUUAACUACUAUUGUUCUUUGAUCAGUCAUGAAGCGAUUCAGUGUGGUGAUGGUUACUGAU